UUGGUCCGUCUGUUAGAAACUGCAAAAGCUGUGAAGAAGUGCUGUCCGCAAUAGAGACGCAAACGGUUGUUGAAGAAGUGAAAGAUAACAAUAAUAUUCAUGGUAUUACUGUAUAUCUCAUAAGAGGAGUUUGGCCGCCUCUCUCCCUUUAAGAAAUGGCGCAACCAUCUCAACAGUGGUCUCACAAGGACACCGAGACACUGAUCAGGUGGCGCAUGGCCCAUGGUUAUUUAUUCUCAGGCUGGAGGAACACAUGCAGAAAUGGCUGGGAGCUAUUCAUACAAGAAACAAAACCCAACCUGGAUGGAAAUAUUACUUCUCAAAGAGCAAAACGAAAGUGGGAGAAUUUAAAAUGCAAAUACAAGGUUUUAAAAGCUCUUGCGAAGGACGUUGAAACAGUUAAACCAGAAUCCUGGCGGUGGUUCAGACUCAUGGAGAAGGCCGUAGAUGGCGAUCACACUGACGCAGACCCUCCUAAACCAACCUUACUGACCAACCUGGCCGAUGAGUCCGAAUGUGCAGCCCAGCCCAGCAAGAAGAUGUAUCAAGUAGAAAUGGGGAGUGAUAUUCUGGAAUUACUGACACAUUCAGUAAUCGAGGUCAAUACUCAAACGACGGUAGCUGAUGGAGGACCCUCAUCGGAUACAUCAGAAAGUGUGAGAGGGAGAUCCAUGGAAAAAAGCCCUCCAGAGACUGAAGAUGAGCUGCAUUUCGAAAGAGCCAAACUCAAACGAGAGCGACAGCUGCUGGAGAAGGAGCACGCAGACCUGGACCGAGAGCGAGUACUGCUGGAGCGCGAGAAGGCCGUCGCAGAAAGGGAGAAGUCUGCACUGGAGAGAGACAGAGCGCAGCUGGAAAAGGACAGAGCUGCGAUUGACCGGGAAAGAGCCUCGCUGGAACAGGACAGAGCGAGACUGGAGCGGGACAGAGCGGCCCUUGAAAGAGACAGAGAGACUUUCACCGCAAUAGCUCUUGGGACAAAUGGCACAGGACACACUGAACCAGACUCCCCAUAUGCCGAGGACAGAAAAAGAUUGAUAUUUUUGUUUGAAAAACUAAUCGAGAGAUUUUGAAAUCACUGAAAACUGUCAGUGUUGCUUGUUCUGAGGGUAUUUAAAAUAACAAUGUACUUAAAUUAAAGCAUUUCAAGGUUAAGCUGCCCCUCUCAAGAAACAUUUCUGAGGAGAGGAAAUGUGUUCAGAGCUGUAGUUCUAGAGUUCAUUGUAGUUACAAUACACACAAUACAGUACAAUACAUAAUGGAUAAUUCAUGUUAAGUUCAUUCCCCCUUAUUUUCAGGUCCAUGGAUGCAUUGAGAUUAAAGUUAUUGUUUCAGUC